AUGCGUAUAUCUCUAUCACAUAAAUUCACAGCUAUGGCUGUGACAAGUGGAGAUGGUCAAAGCGAACCAAUAGUUAAACAUGAUCGAACAGGAACUGAAACUAUGAUAGCUAAUGGUGUGUGCCUUCUGGGAAAUGCUCUAGGUGCUGUGAUGCCAAUGGGUGGUGGGGCGCUAUAUACUGUAGCAUGUGCAGCUGGUUUUGGGCUUCAACAGCAUGAAUAUAAUAGAUUUCAAAAUAGAAUGUCAUGGAUUACAAAAGUUGGAACUACUGAAGAAUUGACCGAUGUAGCGCGUCAAGUGGCUCGUAAGUUAGCUGAUUAUUAUAAAGAUCAACUACUAAGUUUGCAGCCACAAUCUGACCGAGUUUCUCAAGUUAGUCUAUGUUGUUGUACACCUUCUCGACCUAAUUGUAAAGACGAUUCUUCUGUCAAAGAAAAUUCCAGAGAGACGAUAAAUCCUACAGAACAAGUUGCUAGUUUUGGUGUCGCUGUUGCAGUACAAAUGAUUGUUGAUGGAGCUUGUGAGAAAUUACGGCUUGCAAAAUACAAAGAACCAAAAUAUUUGGCUGAUGUCAUAACUGAAAUGAUCUGUUCCGCGAGACCAAAUUUCAAAGCAAAAGUUCUUCGGCAAUUGAAUCUUGAAAAAAGUGCGAUUUUACCAUAUACACCUUUGCAAAAUCCAAAACAAGGAGAAAAACCAAGUCAAUGGUAUCUUUAUGAUUUUUACCAAAAACCUGGCAUUUAUAUUAUAGAUAAUACAAGGAUUGUUAAACAAAAUCGUUUAUCGUGGAUGAAUCCUGAGGUAUAUGGUUAUCGAUUAGGAACACUUGACGAACAUAAUAAUUUAUCUAAACUUGAUAAAAAACAAACUGAAGCUACACUAAAUACUUGUUGUUGCUAA